AAUGUGUGCUUGCAGCUUGGAGAAUGCAGUUGUAUUUGGAAGUUAUGGAUGGUAUGUCUAUAGUCUUCAUAUGUGGAUUGUUGGUUGCUAUCUGUCUUCUGUUUUAGAAGAUUUACAAACAAGUAACGUUUGCACGACAGUCUACGCUUAUCUCACGUCAAGAACUGGAUUGAGAAGACUAAUGUUAAUAUGUUUUAUUCAAUUACUUGCAGGACUUGGCAGCUUUUAUCUAGCUUAUACAAUUUGGUCUCUACGCCUGACUACUGCUCAUGAACGACGUCUAAGUUCAUUUGAUAAUGGCUGUGCAAAUUUUCUUCCAAUAUCUGUAUAUUCUGCUGCAUUAGUCGAAUAUUUAGGCACUAUUGCAGAUAGGGGAUUGCCUCUGUUCUUACUGACUUCGAGGAAAAUCGAGUUAAAGACAUGGACAUAUGUUUUAUGGAACGUUAUCAUAACUAUAACAGGUGUAAAGGCUACUGGAAUGUUCGCCAACCCGGUAAACGCUAGUAACCAAAUGUUCGGUUGCUCUGGUUUAACAAAAUCAGAGCAUAUAUUUAUUUAUUGGGUUUCGCCAUUGGCGGCAACAAUAACAUUAUAUUUAAUAUUUAGACGACAUGUCGUUAAAACAGUUAAAUCUGAAUAG